AGCCAUUCUGGCACGCCCGCCGAAGGCCGGGCGGCCCGGGGCCCGCUCGUGCUGGAAGCCAGCAGCGCGCGCGGGCUCUCAAAAGGGCGCUCGGAUGGCCCAUGAGCGGCUCUGCGGCCGAUGCCGACUGCGGGCCGCGGGACGCUGCCGAGGGAGGCGCCCCCGCUGAGCGCGCGCCCGCGGCGUCCGUGGAGGCCCGCAGGGCCGCCGCGGCGCGCCUCCGCGCCCGCCGCGGGGCCGGCGGCGGCGGCGGCGCUGAGUCGUCCGCCCGCGCAGAGGACGCGCCGCCACCGCCGGAGCCGAGGAGGCGCUCGCAGCUGCCCCUGCCUGCGGACGAGGGGGGCGCGCGGGCCGCCAGCGGCGGCGCCGAGGUGCACGCGUGCGCAGACGCACCGCCGCCGCCGGAGCCGAGGAGGCGCUCGCAGGCGCCUCGCGCGGUGCCCCAUCAAGCGGACGCGGGCCCCACGGACUUCGAGGCCGGCCUCGCGCCGGCGGCGGCCCGCUCCCCGAGGCGCACCUCUGCUCAGCGCCACCUGGACAAGAUCAGGCUGAACCGGAAGGUGCGCGAGGACGACCUGGAGACCCUGGCGCGGGGGGAGGUGCCCCCCGAGGACCUCGCGGCAGCCGCCGCGCCCUCGGGCAGACGGCGCGCGGCGGAUGCGCGGGCGCCGGCGCCGGGCGCGGCGUCCGCGGCGGCACAGGACGACCGGGAGAUUCUGCCACGCGGAGAGGUGCUCCCAGAGGACUUGGUGGCAACCACCAGGUCCUCGGGGAGGCGGCGUGGUGACACGCAGGCGCCGACACCAGAGGCGGCCGUGGCGGCUGAGGCGUGCGCGUGGGAGGGGCUCGAGGAUGAGCUGCGCCUCAGCCUGAGCGUCACUGGGGCGCUCGGUCUCCAAGAGAUCGUCAGCACCUGGAGCUCCUCGCCAGACGUGGCCGCACCUGCCAGGGAGCCCGCGCCGCAGAGGGGCGCCGUGGACGGCCCAGCCCACCAGAGUGGGGCGGAGGCGGCCUCGGCGCAAGCGCCGCCCGCGCCCGCGCCGCUCGUCGAGCAGGCGCUCGCCGGCCACUGGUCCUCCGCCCGCUCGCGCCCCGAGCGGCAGCCGGGCGCCCCCGGCGGCGCAGAGGCUCGGCAGGGCGGCGCAGCCGACCGACCAGCGCCCCCGCGCUGGCCGCGCCCUGCCUCGGGCACCGCCGCGGACGCGCCAGGGGUGCCGGCGCCGGAUGCACCCGAGGAGGACCUGGGCGCCACCGCCAUCCUCGGUGGGGCUGCGGCGAGGAUGCGGCGCAUCCACGUCGAGCAGCUCAAGGCCAAGCGGGUGGAGCGGCACGCGGACGGCGCCGAGCGGGGCGCGGAGCCGGAGCCCCUGGCGGAGGAGGCUCGGGCUGCCGCCUCGGACCCCGACCGCGCGGGGCGGAGGGCACGGCUCGAGCAGCUCAAGGCCAAGCGGGUGGAGCGGCACGCGGAUGGCGCCGAAUGGGGCGCGGAGCCGGAGCCACCGGCGGAGGACGCUGGGGCUGCCGCCUCUGACCCCGACCGCGCAGGGCGGAGGGCACGGCUGGCGGCGCUGCGGGAGCGGCGGGGCGUCAAGGCCGCAGGGCCAGCACCCGCCGCGCCCAAGAAGCCGUUCGAGCCCCAGCCGCUGGAGAUGCAGGAUGUGAGCAACUACGUGCCCGAGUGGGACGCUGGGCGCGACCCCAACCGCGAGGACAGGCGCUCCCAGGUGCUGGGCAUGAAGGUGCGGCGAGAGGAGAUGGCCGCUCUGCGCGAGCAGCGCGCGGCGGCGGCCCUGGCGGAGCUCGAGGCGGACCCGUCCGGCGGCCCACGCGGCGCGGCCUCUGCUGUGGCACGCGAGGAGGCGGACGUCGCGCCCAGCAGCCCCCGCUGCACUGCAGACCCCGCCUCGCCCUCUCCCGCCGUCGUGCGCGUGGAGUGGCCCCCGCAUGCGGAGAGGGCGGCGCCGCCCGCGCCGCCCGUGGUGCCCACCCCCGAGGCCUCUGCUGCCCAGUGCACCGGCGCCGCCACCAGCGAGCUGCAGCGCCCGCGAAGCGAUGGCAGCGGCCAUGGCGCUGCGCCACCGUCGGUCGCGCUGGCUGCGCCGUGCCGCACUGCGGCGGCUGGUGACGCCUCCUACGAGGAGCUCUGGCGCCUCCAGCGCAGCGACUGUGCAGCGACGCUGGCCUCCCGCCGAGGGGCUCCGCGCGAGCCCGUCCAGCAGGCCGUUGUGCCAGCAGGCGCGACGUCGAGCAGUGGAAAUGCCUCGAGUGACGGCGCCUCGCGGCUGGAGAGGAUACACGAGCUGCGGAGGGCACGUGGCGCCGACGCCUCCAGCGGCAGUCCCGAGCCGCAGGGUGUGGGAGGCGCCGGUGCCAGCAGUGCGGUGUCCGACCCCGCUGCGUCGCACAGAUGCCCGGACCAAGAGAAGACCAUGGCCGACAAGCUCGCGGCCCUCAUGCCGCAGGGUGGCCUGCUGGAGGACGCGGCCAACGCGUACCGAGAAAAGGCCAUGGCCGACAAGCUUGCCGCCCUGAUGCCGCAGGGCAUCCCGCUGGAGGACGCGGCCAACGCGUCCUUGAGGUUCGAGCCCGAGCCAGAGCACAUGCUGGAUGACUGCGUACCUGCACGGACCCCUCCGCAGGUCGGUGAGCCACCGGCAGAGUCGCUCGAGCUGGUCAAGCCGGCGCAGACUGUUGGCAUGGUGGCCACGAAGGAGGCGCUGGAGGAGAUCAAGAGCCGAUGCAGGGAGUACUGCCACUCUGGCGCGCCCGUUCGGCCCCGCGCCACCCAGGAGGAGGCGCUCUUCGCGGAGCUGCAGGCCAAGUGGUCGCAGCUGCGCGGACCAAAGGCACCCUCUCAGAUGCUCCCAGAGUUCAAGGCGCUGGUGCAGCCGCUUGAUGUGCCCAAGGUCCGCCUCUCCGCGGAGCCGCCGGCCUCGCGGCCGGGCCUCGCCGGCGCCGGUGCCGCGCGGGGGCGCGUCGGCGGGGGCCCGCUCUCGGCGCGCGGGAGGAUGCUGCUCGGCGGCCCGCCGCCCGCGGAGUGGCCGCCGCCGGCGUCGCCGCCGACGAGCCCGCCGGCCUGCCAGGUCACGCGCUGCAGCCGGCUGGAGGAUCCCCAGGACUGGGGGUUCAAGAACGACGGCUGCGAUGCCUUUGGCCUGGUCCCUGCAUGUCCAGCGGCGGCCAAGCCCGGCAAGGUGGCCGCGGAGGGCAGUGUGCUCCCCUCGAGCGCGCGGCAGCAGAAGCUGCAGCAGGACGAAAACUGCACCCAGCAGUGACGCCACUGCGAUUCUGAGCGGCUGAGCAGUCGGCCGGCGCUACCUUUCGGCACAGGCGUCAGGAGUCGAGGGCUUUCAGGUUAUACGUCGCGGGCUCGGGGGGGGCGACGCUUUGCUGAUGUAGACUAUUACGCGUAGCGCGUGCUUAGCGCUCGGAGCGCCCCGAAGGUCCAGAGCCAGAUAACUUGGGUCCUUCGGCGCGCACGUGCGCCCCAGCAUUUUUUUAGUGUCCGUCGCUCUCUGCACUCGCUGGCCCUCUGCACUCGCUUCACCCUCCCAAGCCGUGUUGCCCGAGAUCCUCUGGAUUUAGUAGUCGGUCCUUUACC